AUGAGCACUCCAACUGAUCAGAAAGAAGUUAUGGAGAAAGGAGAAGCCUCCACUGAUCAGAAAGAAGUUGUUAUGGAGAAAGGAGAAGCCUCCACUGAUCAGAAAUACAACGAUUGGAUUGCAAAAGUCGAUGACAUGGUGGAAUGGCUCUACGAUUAUUGCGACACGCAUUUCCGGCCAACUUUAGAAGAGAAAAUCGCUGAUAUGGAGUACCAAAUCGGUAUGUGUAUCCACGCCCUCGAUUCAAUUCCUCAAGAAAAGAGGCAAUCGGAAUUUGAAAGUGCAGUGUUUGAGCUUACAAAAGGAAGAUUGUAUAAUUCAAUUCCUGGUUGUUACAAGGAGGAGGCAGAGCAUCAUCUAGUGAAUGCUACUAAUUUGGCACCGUAUCUGCUGGAUGCUUGGGUUUCCCUCGGCAUCUGCUUUGCCAAGAAAAGAGAUUACCCUAGAGCUAAACACUACUAUCAGUUUGUCCUUACAGUGAAAGAAGACAGCAUGGUUUUAUGGCAACUUGCAGACCUUGAACUGCUGUAUGCACGGGGUGAAUUUAGUCCAUAUGUUGCUGAUAAUCCACCACAUCAUAUUGACGAAUGCAUCAAAUAUGCCCAAAGGGCACUCGCUCUGGAUGACACGGAUGGAUCUUGUUUAUGUAAGAUGCAUCAAAUAUGCCCAAAGGGCACUCGCUCUGGAUGCACGGAUGGAUCUUAUAUCUUAGGAAGUGCAUAUUUCUCUUCCUUUAUUCUGGAUGGAGGAUGGAAUCACGAUAAUACUCUACGGUCAUUAGAAGCUUAUGAAAAAGCAGAGAAAACUCAUGAAAUGAAGUCAAACCCUGAGCUUCAAUACGAUUGUGGCAUUGUGAAUAGAUUUCUGGAGAACUACAACAAGUCCCUCAUUUGUUUAUCAGAUGCUGCAAUAACGGAUCCUUCUCUUGAUGUUUUACAUCAACUGAAAAUGACGGUCCAGCUUCUUGACAAAUUAGAAGGAUUAGUUCAGGGUAAGAGUAAUGACAAGAGUAAGGGGAAGAUUAAGGGAAAGAGUAAAGGAAAGAGUAAGGGGAAGAGUAAGGGAAAGAGUACGGAAACGAGCUUAUCUUCCCUGAUCCAGUCACUUGAUACUAUUGAUUUGAAUCCUUCAUACAACAGAGCAACCUUGGAUGUCUUAGCUGAAGGCCCUAACAAAGGGCUUGCAGUUAUAGGAGCAGUCCGGUGCUUGGUUAAGUAUGAGUAUAGCACUCCAUUAUACUAUGUGCUCUGUGACUCCAAUGAGAAUAGUUUUGUACUUACAGUGUUUGGCAUACAGAAGGAAGCGAUUAAACAAGGAGAUCAGGUCACACUAUUGGAGCCCUUUUGCAAAUUUGUUGAUUUUGAAUGGGAGGGAAAGCACUAUCAAUUCACAUCUGUGCGAGUUAAUCUUGUGGAACAGGUCCUUGUAAAUGGAAAUGCUCUAUCUCCUAGUUUUGCUAUACGUCAACCAUUACGAUUAUACGCAUAACCUUCUGUCAAUGUCUGUAAGAUACCAACAUUAAUAAGUGGGAUUCUUCAUAUACUUAA